AAAUGCAUUUCCCAAUCAUUAGCUAACAUGUGGAAGCUGUUCGCUUGACUGUCAAAUUCUACCAAAUGCUUGCUAAAAACAUAUUUUACGUUUAUCACUGGAUAGUUAGCUAUCAACCCAUCUGAAGAUAUCUGGAUUUUGCGUGUACAAUACUUAACUUUAUUCUUCAGCCUAAUCAUUCAAAGUGGAUUGGUAGCUAAAUUAUUGGUUAACGUUAGCUAGCAUGUCCUCGAAGUCGUUUCUCCAUUGUUUACAGUACUAGCAGUGUCAGUGGGUUAGUCAGUCAAGUCAUCUGUAGAUCGCUAAUUAACGUAAGUGCCCAUCAUGUCAGCUUGCAAGCGUUUGCUUUACAUUGUUAAACACAGAGGGAUAUGGCCAUCGAUAUGGAGGAGAAAUGUCACCACUUGGUCACCUGUAGGAGCUGCCUUCAAUGCCAAACCUCACAGAAGACUUGAGUUGUUUGAAAAAAAUGUGGGCUUGUUUGGAGUCCCAGAGCUGAGCUCCCCUGCUGGCUUCGAGGUGACCACUAAAAGGGCUCUGAAGGACACACAGGAGCUGGUGGAUAAAGUCUGCAGCAGCCCUCCUGGAGCUGUUACUGUGGAGACUUUUGACCAACUCUCAGAUGGCUUGUGCAAAGUAGCAGACCUGGCUGACUUUGUGAAAGUGGCACAUCCGGACCCGUCCUUCCGUGAGGCAGCAGAGAAGACAUGUAUAGAGAUCGGCACAGUUGUAGAAAAACUCAACACCAAUGUUGACCUUUGUAGAAGUUUAAAGAAUUUGUUGGAUAACAAAGACGUUUUUGCUCAGUUGGACCCAGAAACAAGGAAAGUGGCUGAGCUGUUCAUGUUUGACUUUGCAAUCAGUGGAAUUCAUCUGGAUGAAAAACUGCGGAAAGAGGCUGUCAAGCUUCACGUCAAGCUCUUGGAUCUAAACAAUGAGUUUCUUAUGGGCUCUCACCUCCCAAACAGAAUAGCAAAGUCGGCUAUACCUGAGUACAUUCAUUGCCACUUUGCAACGGAGGGCAGUUUCAUUCAGAUUGGGGGUCUACACGCUGAGUCCUCUAAUGACCUGGUUCGGGAGGUUGCCUAUAGGAUUUUCCUCUACCCAAAUGCAGAUCUGAUGGAGUGUCUGGAAGAGCUGUUGAAAUGCAGGAACAAACUGGCCAAACUGGUGGGAUAUGAGUCUUACGCACACAGAGCUUUACAGGGAACCAUGGCCAAAACCCCAGAGACGGUGAUGAACUUCCUCCAGCUACUGACGGACAAACUCUCCGAAAGAACCGCAAUAGACUUUGAGAUGAUUAAAGACAUGAAGACAAAACUCAACCCCCUUAAUGCGGAGCUUAUGCCAUGGGAUCCUCCAUACUUCAGUGGUGUGUUGCGUGCUGAAAGGUACAACAUUGAGCCCAGCCUCUACAGCCCCUACUUCUCCCUGGGGUCUUGUAUGGAGGGCCUGAACAGCCUCUUCACCAAGCUCUAUGGAGUCUCUAUCAUGUCUGAACAUCCAAGUGCAGGAGAGGUGUGGAAUGAUGAUGUCCGCAAACUGGCUGUAGUUCAUGAGACAGAGGGGUUGCUGGGAUACAUCUACUGUGACUUCUUCCACAGAGCAAAUAAACCUCACCAGGACUGCCACUUCACCAUCCGCGGUGGGCGGCAGUGCCAGGAGAGUGGACAGUACCAGCUGCCUGUAGUGGUGCUGAUGCUGAGCCUGCCCCACCCCACCAAGAGCGCCCCCACCCUGCUCACGCCGAGCAUGAUGGAGAACCUGUUCCACGAGAUGGGUCAUGCCAUGCACUCCAUGCUAGGGCGCACACGCUACCAACACAUCACAGGAACCAGAUGUGCCACUGACUUUGCUGAGGUCCCCUCUAUUCUCAUGGAGUACUUUGCCACUGAUUAUCGUGUAGUGAACCAAUUUGCCCGCCAUUAUCAAACAGGACAGCCUCUGCCUCAGAGCAUGGUGGCUCGCCUGUGUGAGUCCAAAAAGGUGUGUGGUGCGGCAGACACUCAACUACAGAUUUUCUACUCUGCUCUGGAUCAAAUGUAUCAUGGAAAACCCCAAAACCGGUCAACGACUGAUAUCUUAAAGGACAUGCAGCAUAAAUUCUACGGCCUACCGUACACUCCAAACACGGCAUGGCAGCUGAGAUUCAGCCACCUCAUUGGCUACGGGGCCAAGUACUACUCCUAUCUCAUGUCCCGCGCUGUGGCCUCCAUGGUGUGGAAACAGUGUUUUGUUCAGGAUCCUUUAAACAGGGACAUGGGAGAGCGCUACCGUAGGGAGAUGCUCGCCCAUGGGGGAGGGAAGGAGCCCAUGCUCAUGGUGGAAGUGAUGAAACAACAAAUGAGAAAUUAGGAGUGUUUACUCUUGAGGACAACUUUAAAGGGAUGCUGCAGAGACAGCCCACCAUUGAGGACUUUGUGGACGCCCUGGUGACUGACCUGAACCCAGACUUUGAGACCUUCAUCAUGGACUCUACAAGCUGAUUAGCUUGAUCAAUCUUCGACUCUUCAAUUCAGUUUCAGCCACGACUUGAAUUGUGUUGCUGUGGAAUGGACUCACAUGAUCAGAAAAUGCAAUUAACUAUUAAUCCUUUCAAAAGGCAGAUAACUGUAGCUGUAUGCAGUCACUGUAAACGUAUGUUUUUUUAUGCAAUUUUUGUAUACGAGCUAGCUAUUUAGUGAUUUGGCUCAACCAUAGGUUCUGUGUGGUUCAUGAAAGUCUGUGCAGAUCUGUGCAUAUACCACAUGUAUUAUACCAUACUGUCUUACACAUAUUUUUGUCAUUGAUGCAUAUAAAUUAUGGAAAGCACAAAAAGUGCAUCAUUUCAUUCAGAAUAUUGCAAUAAUGAGCAAUGUAAUCUUCAGCACUGAGAAUGUAUGUUUGAAACAUCUGUUCCAAUAUCCAUGUAAAUAGAUAAGUUGAAGUAUGUAGACAUUAUUUGUAUAAUCUGUCCAAGAGAAAAUACUAAACUCUGUGAGCGUUGAAUAUCAUUUUCUGCAAAAGUAUGAGCAGUUCAUUGUUAUUUCCUGUUCAGAUCAGACAGGACAAAUACAACACCUGCUAUUCCUGACAUAGUGUUUUGACUUAAAUGCAAAUCUGCUCCCUCUGA